AUGUCGAAUUCCAACCGAAUUUCUAAGAAUGCCAUGACCCACAUUAAAUGUGUCGUUGUCGGUGAUGGUGCUGUUGGAAAGACAUGUCUUUUGUAUGUCUAUGCAAAAGGAAAAUUCUCUGAAGAACAUAUACCUACAGUAUUUGACAAUUAUUCUGUGAAUUUGAAUGUAGAUGGUCAAAAGACAAGUUUAGGUCUAUGGGACACUGCUGGUCAAGAAGAUUUUGAUCGAAUUCGACCUCUUUCAUAUCCAGGUACUUCUGUAUUCAUUGUAUGCUUUUCUCUAGUUUCACCAGCAAGCUAUGAAAACGUUCGACUUAAAUGGUUCCCAGAGGUUUCUAGACAUUGUAAAGCAGCUCCAAUCAUUCUUGUAGGAACUCAAAGUGAUUUACGGGAAGAUGAGACUACGGUGGAAAAAUUGAAAAACAAAGGUAAACGACCAAUCACAACAGAAAUGGGUGAAAAACUGCAAGAAGAAAUUAAGGCUGUGAAAUAUGUCGAAUGUUCUGCCAAAACUCAGGAAAAUGUUAAAAAAGUAUUUGAUGAAGCCAUUCGAGCUUAUUUAACCAAGGCAAAAGAAGCAUCCUCUCCCUCACAGAGAAAUACAUCCAAACCAUGUACCUUGUUGUAA